UCGCAGAGAAAGCGCCUUUCAGCCGCCAGCCCGUCGCCUUCCCGCCCACCCCGCCUCUGCCGCUCCGACAUCUUCUGCCUCAGCCCGCCCGUCCGCUAAUAAACACGUAGUGCUCGCCCUCGCCCCUUCUCCCUUCAGCCGGGCAGCGCCGGGGGCCGCCGCGGCGGCGGCGGGGCGGGAGAGGGGGGCAGGAGAACCGAGCUCCCCCCUUCUCCGCCUGGCCGCCCCCGCCGCCGGGCGCCGGGGACUGAGGAGCGCGCGGGGGGGGGGGGGUGGGGAGAGACGACGCGGCGCGAGGGGCCGGGAGGGCUGAGGAGGGGGGCGCGGAGGAGGAGGAGGGGACUCUUUCUCCGGGCGGAGGGAUCGCGCUCGUUCGAGCUGGCUGGCGGCGGCGGCGGCGGCGUUAGCGGCGGCGUUGGCGGCGGGUUGCUGUGAGUUGUUGUUUCCUCCUCCUGCCCGUGGGUUGAAUGGUGGAGCCGAGACUCUUCCUGGUGAACGAACAGUGACAGCUACCGGGCGGGCGGACGCGUUUCGCUGGGCCCCGACGCUGCCGCGGGAGCGCGGCCCGAGUCCUCCCCCCCCCCCCCCCCGGCCCCCCCCCCCCCCCCCCGGUUUUCGCCUCGCCAUGUCCGGGGACGGCGGCAGCAGGCACACGGCGGAGCUGCGAGCGGAGCUCUACUUCCUCAUCGCUCGCUUUUUGGAGGACGGACCCUGCCAGCAAGCGGCUCAGGUCCUGAUCCGAGAAGUGGCGGAGAAAGAGCUGCUGCCCAAGCGUACGGACUGGACGGGCAAGGAGCAUCCUCGGAGCUACGAGAACCUGGUGAAAUAUUACAGACACUUGGCACCUGAUCACUUGCUUCAAAUAUGCCAUCGACUUGGACCGCUUCUAGAGCAAGAAAUUCCCCAAAGUGUCCCUGGAGUGCAGACAUUAUUAGGAGCUGGCAGACAGUCUUUGCUUCGUACAAACAAAAGUUGCAAACAUGUUGUGUGGAAGGGAUCUGCUCUUGCUGCACUACAUUGUGGGAGGCCUCCAGAGUCCCCUGUAAAUUAUGGCAGUCCACCUAGUAUAGUGGAUACCCUGUUUUCAAGAAAACUAAAUGGAAAAUACAGACUUGAACGCCUUGUUCCAACUGCAGUCUAUCAACAUAUGAAGAUGCACAAACGAAUUUUAGGACACUUAUCUUCUGUAUACUGUGUAACUUUUGAUCGGACUGGCAGGCGAAUAUUUACUGGAUCAGAUGAUUGCCUUGUAAAAAUCUGGGCAACAGAUGAUGGAAGGUUGUUGGCUACCCUGAGAGGGCAUGCAGCUGAAAUAUCUGAUAUGGCAGUGAACUAUGAAAACACCAUGAUAGCUGCUGGAAGCUGUGAUAAAAUGAUCAGAGUUUGGUGCCUUCGAACUUGUGCACCCUUAGCAGUUCUGCAGGGCCACAGUGCAUCUAUAACAUCAUUGCAGUUCUCUCCACUGUGCAGUGGCUCAAAGAGAUACUUAUCUUCAACCGGGGCAGAUGGAACAAUAUGCUUUUGGCUGUGGGAUGCUGGCACCCUUAAAAUAAAUCCAAGGCCAACAAAGUUUACAGAACGCCCUCGACCUGGAGUCCAAAUGAUCUGUUCUUCUUUUAGUGCUGGUGGAAUGUUUUUGGCCACUGGGAGUACAGAUCACAUCAUUAGGGUUUAUUUCUUUGGAUCAGGUCAGCCAGAGAAGAUAUCAGAGUUGGAGUUUCAUACUGACAAAGUUGACAGCAUUCAGUUUUCUAAUAGUAGUAGCAGAUUUGUGAGUGGAAGCCGUGAUGGAACAGCACGAAUCUGGCAAUUUAAGCGAAGGGAAUGGAAAAGCAUUUUGUUAGACAUGGCUACUCGCCCAGCAGGACAAAGUUUACAAGGAGUUGAAGAUAAAAUCACAAAGCUGAAAGUGACCAUGGUGGCAUGGGACCGCCACGACAACUCUGUUAUAACUGCAGUAAAUAACAUGACUCUGAAAGUUUGGAAUUCUUUCACUGGCCAACUCAUUCAUAUUCUCAUGGGACAUGAAGAUGAAGUCUUUGUACUUGAACCUCAUCCGUUUGAUCCAAGAGUUCUCUUCUCUGCUGGACAUGAUGGAAAUGUCAUAGUUUGGGAUUUGGCAAGAGGGGUCAAAAUCCGGUCUUACUUCAACAUGAUUGAAGGACAAGGACAUGGUGCAGUUUUUGACUGCAAGUGCUCUCCUGAUGGACAGCAUUUUGCAUGUACUGAUUCUCACGGUCACCUUCUGAUUUUUGGCUUUGGUUCCAGUAGCAAAUAUGACAAGAUAGCAGAUCAGAUGUUCUUUCAUAGUGAUUAUCGGCCCCUUAUCCGUGAUGCCAACAACUUUGUCCUGGAUGAACAGACACAGCAGGCUCCACAUCUUAUGCCUCCCCCAUUUUUGGUUGAUGUGGAUGGCAACCCUCAUCCUGCAAGGUAUCAAAGACUAGUUCCUGGUCGUGAGAACUGCAGGGAGGAACAGCUUAUUCCUCAGAUGGGAGUGACAUCUUCAGGAUUGAAUCAAGUUCUUAGUCAACAAGCAAAUCAAGAAGUUAGUCCGUUGGAUAGCAUGAUUCAAAGACUUCAGCAGGAGCAGGACCAGAGACGUUCUGGGGAGGCAGGAACCAGUAGUACCAGCCGGAUAAGCAGAGGAUCUGUAAGUUCUACCUCAGAAGUACAUUCACCACCAAAUAUAGGAUUAAGACGUAGUGGACAAAUUGAAGGUGUGCGUCAGAUGCAUAGCAAUGCACCAAGAAGUGAAAUAGCCACUGAGCGGGACCUUGUGGCUUGGAGUCGAAGGGUUGUAGUGCCUGAACUGUCUUCUGGUGUGGCCAGUAGGCAGGAAGAAUGGAGAACAGCAAAGGGAGAAGAAGAAGUAAGAGUGUAUCGAUCAGAAGAGAAAAGAAAACAUGUAACAAGUCAUAUUCAAAGAGAAAACAAAAUACCUAGUUUCUCUAAGAACCAUUCUCAUGAUCAUUUGCUAGACACUAGCGACUCAAGAAAACAGCAAGCUAAUCAGCACAACUACCGUACGAGAUACGCAGUAGAAGAAACUGCAAGGCCUGCAGAAGAGUUAGAAAAUGGACACAGUUCCUCAGAUGAAGGGGAAGUAGUUGUUCCCAGUGGUGGAACAUCAGAAGAUGAUGAAAGAGCAUGGCACAGUGAUGGCAGUUCUAGUGACUACUCUAGUGAUUAUUCUGACUGGACAGCAGAUGCAGGAAUCAAUUUGCAACCACCAAAGAAAAUUCCUAAAAUUAAAACAAAGAAAGCGGAAAGUAGUUCAGAGGAUGAAGAAGGACCUGAAAAACAAAAGAAGCAAAUUAAAAAGGAAAGGAAAAAAGGGAUUGAGGAGAAAGAUGGACCAUCAACAUCACCAAAGAAGAGGAAACCCAAAGAGAGAAAACAAAAGAGGCUGGCUGUAGGAGUUCUGGCAGAAAAUGGUUUGACACUGGAAGAGUGGCUGCCUUCAGCAUGGAUUACAGACACUGUUCCUCGUCGGUGCCCGUUUGUGCCACAGAUGGGGGAUGAGGUCUACUAUUUCCGACAAGGUCAUGAAGCAUACGUUGUAAUGGCUAAGAAGAACAAAAUAUAUAGUAUUAAUCCCAAAAAACAACCAUGGCAUAAAAUGGAAUUACGGGAGCAAGAGCUGAUGAAAAUAGUUGGAAUUAAGUAUGAAGUGGGAUUGCCUACUCUCUGCUGUCUUAAACUAGCUUUUCUUGACCCCGAUACGGGUAAACUAACUGGAGGAUCAUUCACCAUGAAGUACCAUGAUAUGCCAGAUGUCAUAGACUUCCUGGUUUUGAGGCAGCAGUUUGAUGAUGCAAAACAUAGGCGAUGGAAUAUAGGUGAUCGUUUCAGGUCAGUGAUAGAUGAUGCUUGGUGGUUUGGAACGAUUGAAAGCCAGGAACCUCUUCAGCCUGAUUACCCUGAUAGCUUAUUUCAGUGCUACAAUGUCUGCUGGGACAAUGGUGAUACUGAGAAGAUGAGCCCUUGGGACAUGGAGCUGAUACCAAGUAAUGCUAUAUUUCCAGAAGAACUGGGAACUAGUGUUCCUUUAACAGAUGAUGAACGUCGAACUCUGCUCUACAAACCUCUGGAUGGAGAGUGGGGUUCCAGGACCCGAGACGAGGAGUGCGACAGAAUUAUUGCAGGGAUAAACCAACUCAUGACACUAGAUAUUGCUUCUGCAUUUGUGGCACCUGUGGAUCUUCAAGCUUACCCAAUGUAUUGCACUGUUGUGGCAUAUCCCACAGACCUCAGUACCAUUAAACAAAGACUCGAAAGCAGAUUUUACAGGCGUCUCUCUUCAUUAAUGUGGGAAGUCCGGUACAUAGAACAUAAUACUCGCACGUUUAAUGAGCCCGGAAGUCCUAUUGUCAAAUCUGCCAAAUUUGUCACAGAUCUUCUGCUACACUUCAUAAAAGACCAGAGUUGCUAUGACAUAAUUCCAUUAUACAAUGCAAUGAAGAAGAAAGUGUUGUCGGACUCUGAUGAGGAAGAAGAGAAAGAUACAAAUGUGCCAGGAACUUCCACUAGAAAAAGAAAGGAUCAUCAACCAAAGCGGCGGCUACGUAAUAGAGCUCAGUCAUAUGACAUUCAGUCAUGGAAGAAGCAAUGUCAGGAGCUGCUGAAUCUCAUUUUUCAGUGUGAGGACUCUGAACCAUUUCGACAACCAGUGGAUCUCCUUGAAUAUCCAGAUUAUAGAGAUAUUAUUGACACUCCUAUGGAUUUUGCUACUGUUAGAGAAACACUGGAAGCUGGAAACUAUGAGUCACCAAUGGAGUUAUGUAAAGAUGUGAGACUUAUUUUCAGCAAUUCCAAGGCCUAUACACCAAGUAAAAGAUCAAGGAUCUACAGCAUGAGUUUGCGCCUUUCUGCUUUCUUUGAAGAACACAUAAGUUCUAUUUUAUCGGAUUAUAAAUCUGCCCUACGCUUUCAUAAAAGAAAUACAAUAAAGAAACGAAGGAAAAAAAGAAGUAGAAGCAGCUCAGUUUCCAGUAGUGUUGCAUCCAGCCCUGAAAGGAAGAGGAGAUUAAUAAAACCUCAGCUGAAGGCAGAAACUCCUGCCACCUCUUCAUCUUCUGCACCUGCACGGUCAACAGCACUGAGACAUGCUCCCCCUCAGAUGAAUGGAAAAGCGGCUGAAACCUCUUCCCUUGUGCGGACUAGAAGCAAUAGGGGGAUGACAGAUGUGGCUGUUACAGAGCAGCCAUCUACUUCUUCAGGAGCAAAGCCUUUAACGAUAAAGCCUUUAAUUACAAAACCUAAUACUACUGCAGGGUCAGGAAAGUCAGUACUGGAGAAUUCAACCAAACAUUCCAAGAACCAGAAUACUGUAUCAAUCCCUAGUCAAUCUGAUUACAGUCAUAACACUAGGAAUAACUCCGCAAGAGAAAAUCCUGAGAAAGAGAAGCAAAUCAAGCGCAAAGUAAAAUCUUCCACUGUUAAUCAACAAGCAGAUUGCAAGAAUAAUGCUUUGGCGUCAGGAAGCAUUCAGGUGAACGGACAUGGAGGACAGCCUUCGAAACCUCCAGUGAAAAGAGGUCCUGGACGGAAACCGAAGGUGGAGACUAGUAACAGUAGCUGUGAAGUGGUGCACAAGAAAAGAGGCAGAAAACCAAAAAAGCUACUGAUGGUUGAACAGCAAAAAGGUGCAGAACAGAAUACAAUCCAGAGCACAAGGGAUAUACCAGAAGAAGCAUCUGCUUCUACUGCAUCCAAUUCUCUUUCUGAAAAUAAUAUGAAGGAAGACUUGUUACAAAAAAAAGGCCGUGGGGGUAGAAAGCCAAAAAGGAAGAUGAAGACCCAUCAGCCAGGCUCGGACCUCUUAGUUCCUGCGAAUGUUAAAAUGCAAACUAGAAGCAGGAGGAAAAAGAUAGAGGAGCCUAUGGAGGAGGGGUCCGAAGAGCUUAAAGACUCUGAACCUCACAUGAGAACUAGAAACCAGGGUAGGAGGACAGCCUUUUACAAUGAAGAUGACUCUGAGGAAGAGCAAAGGCAGCUAUUGUUUGAAGACACCUCCUUAACUUUUGGAACGUCUAGCAGAGGCAGAGUCCGAAAGUUGACUGAAAAAGCAAAAGCUAAUUUAAUUGGUUGGUAAUUUUUACCAAGGGUUUUACUUCCGAAUGCUAUGAAGCAGGUACAGUUAAGGAACAGCAGAACAGACUUCUGCUUCCCUGCUGCUAUUAUGGGUUAGAAGAAUAAGUUCUGAUUUGGGGAGAAAAAUUUAGCAAAAAAAAAACCUGAAAGAACAUUCUUUGAAAGAAAUAUAUAUUUUAAACUUUUGCUAUUUAUUGCCCUCCAAAUAGGUUAUGCAUUUCAACAGUCAUUUUAUUCACAGUUGAGAAUAAUUGAAGCAAUUCCUGACUGACGUACGGAGUUGAGAACUACUCUGCUUGAGUAGUGCGUAGUAUCUCUACACAGUUACAAAAAGGCGAUAGAACUUUUAAUGCCACAAACUGAACACAGAAGUCUAUUUUUGACCAAGCAAGGUACACUUUGAUUGUAAAGUCAAGUUGCCUAGGAAGGCAGACUUUGGCAAAAAGUGGCAGUAAAUUCACUUACGUUUCUAUUAAAUACAAUAAUACCAAACUUUGCUAAUCUGAAAAUGUUUAAUUUAAGCAGUGAUGGAACGUUCAGCUGCAAAAGAAGCCUAGCACAGGCUGUUGGUUUAUCCAAGUUCUGCCAAACAUAGCAAAAAUGUAAUCACAAAUAUAUAUAUAUAUCCACAUUGGAAAAAGUUCGACUAAUGUCUAAUUUUUCAGACCUUGAUUCUUGUAUCAAUCACUAAAUCUCUGUUUAUUGUGCCAAAGACUGAGAAUCAGUGCAGUGGAAAGCCUUUUUUUCUUUUUGAGUGUCAGUACAGCAUACCAUUUGCAGUGAUAAAAGCUGUGUAUCGUUUUAAAUCGUAAGUUGUUAACAUUGUUCUGAAAUGUAUCCUUUUUGGUACUUUUGGUAGAAAAUAAUGCACUGGUGGGGUCCUUUGACAGAGAUGUUUUAGACAAAAUGUAUAAUUGGUUAAAGGAUUCAAGGAAAUUACAGGACAGAUAUGGAAUUAUGAUGUUUACUUUCUGAUCCAGAUUGUUGUUUCUACAACUUUAGACAUGCUUAAGAGGCUAAAAUGACCUACAAAGAAGAGUGUAUGUGUAUAUAUUAAUAUAUACAUAAACACAUACAUAUAAAAUAUUACCCAGGUAUAAAUUUUUUUCAGGAUUUUUUAGAUAGCACUAGAAUUGAAAAUAAAUUUUAAAAUGUCAUACUUUAUAGUUUAAUUUUAAGGGGAAGAUUGGUUAUUUUCAAUUAUUAAGGUUAAAAGGCCAAAUCACUUUUUAUGCAAUCAUGUUUUAUACAGUGGUCUCAUUGCACAUUGUGUUUUUCUGCACUUUUUAUGGUAUAUCACGCUGACAUAAGUCAAUAUACACCCUAAAGAAAAAUUCCAUUUAAUGAUUGUGCCUUGUAUUCUAUUAUUUCUUGCAUCCUUAGUGAAAUUAAGUUGUCUAUUGUAAAUGAUAACUAUAUGACUUAGGGGAAUGUAUUGUUAUAUGUACUGCUCUGGAAAAGACAAGCAGUUAUUUAUUUGUUUAUGGUACAUUUAGUUAUUUUAUACCUUUACAAACAAACUUUAAUACCAUUUUCUAUCACUUAAAAAAAAGUAUUGUCCAGUUUUAAGGAAAAAACCACAGAACUUAGUCAUAUUUUCUGAGAUCUGGUAUGGUACAAAAAUGUAACCAAAAUUUUCUGGUUAUACGUUAUUUUGGGAGUUUGGGUAGUGUGAAAGAUUUUUUAUUUUUUUUCAUGUGACCCUAACUUAGUUGAAAAAAUAAACCUGAAAUGAAACCUCAAUUCUGUACACCCUUACUUGAUAAUAAUUCUUUUCUUUUUUUAACUUUUUUUUUUUACAAACAUCAUCUGCAAUAUCUGGAAGGAAGGGCAUACAGAAUUAAGACCUUAAAUUUGCACAGAUUCUGCGUACUUAUUUGAGGCCUAAUUCUUCACUCUUUAUUUUCUGUUACAAAAAAAAAAAACCUACAUGAUUGAACAAAGAACAUUGGUAACUGGCAACAAGAGGAAAUACACUACUGUGGAUAGCAAAUGGGUAUCCACAGUACCUACUUUUCUAUAGUUCAUUAUGCAUUUUGUGACAAAAAAAUGACUAAAAUAUUUUCCAGAUCCUCUUUGAAUUGUUACGGAUGUGAAUUUGGGGAGCAGGGAUUAGUUUGCAUUUCAUUUGUUGGUAUAUUUAUUUUUUCUAACAAGCAUUUCACAUUUAGUUAAACUGGAGUCACUAAGCACGUGGUAAGAUGACAAGCUAUGGUUGUUCAGUUGCAAUACCGCUUCACAAUUCAAAGCUAAUUGAUUCUACUUGUUAAUUUUGUCAAAUCUCACUGAUGAAGGCAAUCAUUUGAAAAUGUGUAAUUUCCUGAUGUUAUCUGCAUUGUAACAUAUGAAAUAGAUUAUAUCUAAAAUUCAGCUUCUGUAUCUACAUCAUUUGUAAUAAUGUUUUAUAUUGCAUGUUUAUGUAUAUAUUUAUAUAUCGAGAAUACCUUGUAUGUAUGUUUCAGAGACUGAAAUAAUAUGUGUUCCCUUAAUGGUAGGAAAUUGUGCAUCUUAAUUUUAUGAGAAUAGAAGGCCUUACAUGCAGAACAUGGGUACUGCUUCUCACCUGCUAAUAUCGGUGACGUUAGCCAGUAAUUUUUUAAUUCAUAUUUGACACAUUAAUGUUUUUCCUUUUAAAAUAAAUUGUGGAUAAUUUGGGUCAAUUUUUUUUAUAGAAGCACCACUAAAAAUUUAUUAGAAAUUAAUACCAGAUUUAUUUAGAAGUUAUAUUUUUAUAAUUUAAUUUCAUUAGGUUGCAAACUUUAUUUAUGAGACUUUAGUCACCACCAGACUGUGCAUUUUGGUCAGGGAAAAAAAUGUAUUAUUUUAGGUUGUCGUGACAUAACUGUAUCGACACAGAAAAAGAGCUUUUGAUUACAAAGUCUUUAAGUUUUGAAAUGUGAGCAAUAAACUAUUGGUCAAUAUUCUGAAAUAAUUUAAGGACUAUAGUUAUAUGCAUGUUUUAUAAUGCCAUGUUGAGUACCUAACAACUGGUUCAGAAAAUGGAGUAUCGAAAUCUCAUGUGCUUGUUUCACAUACACAUUGUAAAUAUUACAUAGGUUCGUAGUCAUAUACAUGCAAACUCUCUUACAGACCUGGCAGCAAUUAACGCAGUUUUAUUCAUUAAAUUCAUUUAUAUUUGACAUGGAUACGAGGAUGCUGUUCUGGUAUUUCUACUCUAGACUGGGAAAUGUUAAAACCGAUAUGUACCGCAGAGUGCUAUCUUAAUGACAGUGUGCUCCCUCCUCUACAGAUGAGGAGAUCCCUUCUGUUUCUGUGGUACCAGUGUGCUCGAAACGUUUAACAGAAAUCAUUGUACCCGUGCCUACGUUCUUAACUCUUCAGCCAUUUUGUUUCUGUUGUCAGUGUGUUCUCUGGGAACUGAACUUAAAUUUUACCACUAUAGUGUUCAUUAUUGUCAAUACUGAACUAGAGCUCUUUGUCACUUGGCAGUGAGCAGUGAUACAACUUUACAGAAAAAAAUGUCUUCCUCCAGUGAUUAGACUGCUGUGAUAUAUAUUUGCAUAUGUUUAUUUGUACAGUGUCCGGUUUGUACAUGUGAUCAGUUUGUUGAUAGACUUGUAAGAUUGAGUUGGUUGAGUUAAAUAUUACUAUGGCUUAGUAUUUGUAAAACUAUUAAUUGAUAAAGGACCCUGAUGAAGCACGUAGGAUAUAUUAAUAUCUAUAAAAAAAUAAAUCGUAGCGUAGAGACAACUUAUUCACUGUAUUGCUGUACAAAUACUUUUUCAAGUACCAAUUCUGAUUCUGUGCCAGAGGCUUUUGUCUUACCAAAAAAAGGCUACGUAUAACACAAAAAGUAGUCUGUCCAUUCAGUAACUUCAAGCUUGUUAAAAUUUUUACACCACAUUGUUAAAUCUUUUGCUCACAUUUGUUGGAUCAAGGACUACAAGUAAAUGCUUUAGCAUGUAAUUUGAACUUAGGCACAUGUUAAAUGGUUGACUGGUUCUAUAAAAGCAAUAGGCUUAACUGGAUGGGACCCUUUCACCCCAUACUUAAGUAGUGGAUUUGAGGUUAGAGGUUUUUAAGCUCACGUUCAUCAACAUUUGCAUUUAAUUUGAAGCAUGUGAAUCUUGCGGAGUUUAUUUUAACGUAUUGCUGGUCAAUCAAGAUACAGCCAUACCACAAUAAUUACAUUGUGUUCCGAGUCCUUACCUUACUCUAAAGUAGUAUAUUUUGUCCACAGUAGUUUUCCAAAGGUUUUUCUUCUUGCUUUUUUUAAGAGUUGAGUGUUUAACGAGAAUUUACAUACAACUCUGCAAUAGUGCUGUGAUACAGAAGGUGAGGGCUUUAAAACCUCACCUAGAAACAGCAAAAGCUCAUUUUCUGUUUACUACCUAAUGAAGACAAAUUAACUGUGUAAAAAAAUUGCUAUAUAUUUUCUUUUAUCCCUGAAGUUCUUGUAACAGAUUGGUUUCCAAGGGGACCUAGAUAGUCAACUGAUAAAAGGGCUGUUAGUUUUCUGCUGUAAAUUACUGUAUAUACAUGCUUGUUCAUAUGCAGAGGAAAGUGUAUUAAACUUCAUAAAGUUGGCCAAGGCUUGACACUGUGUUUCCGGUGACAAAUCUGGUAGUGACAGCUUACAUAGUUUCCCAGUUUUGAAUUGGGAAUGCAGCUUGUACACCUUCUACUGUGGCUGGGGGAAAUAACAAGUAGCUUUUAAACUAGAGCUAACCUCUAGGUGCUCUUGCAUUUGUGCUAGUUUUAAUGUGGGAAUUCACCACGUCAGUUUUACAGUGUGUUAGAGGAGGAAGCGUACCAGGAAAGCUAGAUUAUAAGACAUCUUCAGUUGCAGAAAAAGGCAAUUAGCUUCCCCCCCCGCCUUUUCCCAAGGUUAUAACAGCCUUAAGGCAUUCUAGAGAGAAACCUUACAUGCUGCAAUAAAAUGAAGGUGAAUAAAUUUAGCUUUUAGGAGGUAGGUAGUGAGACCAAGUAGUCAUUUGGAUCCUUUUUAAUGCAGAUAAAUACAUCAGGAAAUUCACUUCAAAUAAUGCAAACAAUACAUUUUAGGGAGGGAAGGUAGUACUAUACUAUGAAUUUCUACCCUGAAAGAACAAAGAAUGAGGUCACACAAAUGAGGAGUAUAAGUACCUGUCACGUACGCAUGUCUGUAUGAUGUACGUGUACUAUUUUGUGCUUACAACUGCGUGUGUUGGUUUGCUAAUACAAUGAGACCAUACAGAAGUUACAUUUUUGGACCAUACUAAAACCGCAGAAGUGUGGCGGACGACUGGAUAAUGAUCUUGCGUGUAUUAAAUUCUGUCAUAAUGUUUAAAUAUGUAUAGAAUGGAGCUCAACUUCAAGGAAAUGACCUAGAAAGGUUAAUUUUGAAACUGACACAUUUUCAGAUUAAAAAUUACGCUUAUUUUGUACAGAAUUAUGUAAAACACAAAUCUGUUGUAUGUAAUGAGUAACAGUUUUGAAAACUAUAAUUCUUCAGCUUUAUCAAGGUUUUUUUCCUUCCAGAAAUCUGGAUUAUCAUGUUAUAACCUGAAGUAUCUCACCAGGAUAACAGUGCCCUUUCUUUUUGUACAUAUGGAUUGGAAAUUUCUUUACUGUUAUGUGGACACUUUCUAUGUUAGUUUUGAUGCAUAAUACUUUGAAUCCUUUUAUACAAACUAGAAUGUAUGUGUAAGAAUUACUGUCACUGCAAUGUAGUAACUACAAACUUAUUUUUAAAUAAAUAGAAAACAUGUUUUUCUAAGCUGUCCAACAGUGUGUC